GGUGCCACUAAAGUAAAUAAUUACCAAAAAGUUUGUCAUACAUCCUCUGCAAAAAUACAUGUUUAAGUAAAUUUUCAGGAUAUUAACGAAAUAAAAGACUACAACUUUCUGUUGCGAUGAAUCGCUGUCACCCACCAUCGCCUUUUUCGACGUGGACGUUUUUUUUCUAUCAUUUCUUUUUAAAACAUUAAUAUAAUUUUGCAAACUCAAAACACAUAGUGCCGCGGCAAUUUCUACGUCUUCCUUUAAUCCAGCUGGAGAAUAAAGCGACGCGAUGUAGCUGUAUGUAAACAGUCACUUGCUUCAAACGCUGCCCUGGAAUUAUUCAGGGCAGGACAGCGGGCAGCGCGAGUAGCAGCGGCAGUGGCUGCAUGUAAAGGGGGUAUUACAACUUGAUAGUGGGUUAAUAUUAUGGGAAAAGGUCGAAUAAUUCGGAAGUUGGAAGCAGCUUCUUUGAUUCUCAAUAAGCAGCAUCAACAGCAAGAGUAUCCGCUACACCAGCAACAACAGGUGCAGCAGCUACAACAAGACCAACAGUUACAACAAGUACAGCUAAUAAAUCAAGAGCAAUUAAGUUACAAUGAAAUUAUACUAGAAAGUGAGCAUCCUGUCCAUUUUAAUAAAAGAAAAGUUUUGUUGGUUUGUGAUGAGGUCUCGACAAAGCAACGAUGAAUAUGUUCAGAGCAUAAUAUUGACAAUAGCAACAAAGUAUACUUUAUUUAUUUGUACAUAUUCUUGUAAUUUAUAU